AGAUAAGCUUAGCAUUGGUAUAGUAGAGGUUUAUUUAUAGAUAUGACGAGGCUUUCAAGGAACCGAAGAGGUUAUCAAGCGCAAAUUGCUUCCGCUAAAACACAUCGAAGACAAUCCAAAACAAAGCGUAGAACGAAGAGAUCGAAGAGUUGUGCUCGACAAUUGCAACAUAGUAGAGGGACCACAUGCAUAUUUAAUGAGCCGGCUUGGGAUGGGGCAGGGGCACACACACACAUACGCUGGAUAAUGGAAGUAAGAUAUACACAAUUGAGUAUCUUUAUAUGCUAAUAAAUGGCCGCACAUUUGCCUAAAAUGGGUCAAAAGUCUCCCCCAUUGGCGACGAUGUUGCAACGCAGACGCAUUCAAUGGGGCGCCCCGAAACGAAGUGAUCGAUUGACACGAUCAAAGUGUUGAUAAACAUGGACUCAAAUGAAUGGCGACGAUGCGAUCCAGCGGUACGUACAUACACAUACCCAUACAUACAUAGCCAGCUCUAAGUGCCUCGUCUCAGUCUGCUUGUGUAUGUAUGUAUAUGCUUAGACAUACAUAUGUGCGAUAAGGCAGAGCUCUAUGUGUGAAUCCUCAAUAAAUAUUCAUGCUGCUCGCAUGCAAAUGUAUUUGAAAUUGCUUGGCUUUCAAUGAAUUGAGCCACAGCUCGAGAACUUUACGUCUCCAUGCUCCAGCAGCGUUACGUUAUUCGCAAUCCAGCAGUUGUCGCGUUCGGCUGCAGAUCGGAACUUUCAUUUGGAUCCUAAACACGCAAGGCGAAGAAUUUUGCUGUCUGUCGGGCACUUCGAGCACGCGUUCCCAUUGGAUUCAAAUUAGAUUUAUUGAAAUGUUGCCCUUUCGUUGGGGCAUGCUGCUUGGCGUGCUGCUGCUCAUAGCAUACACAAAUGGAGCGGCUAUUGAUCAAUCAUCUGUGGAUGACGAUGCGGAGCUGAAUCCGCUGACUGAAUUAGAGCGUACUAAGAGAAGCGGCAGAGGCUAUGUCCGAGGACAAACGCAGUCUCAGUACUUAAACUUCGGCAAGCCCGAGGAGGAUGGCAAAGCUGAGGCGGAGGCCAAUGAGAGUGGCUCGCGUUCAACUGUUUCCGGUACCCAUGGCAUGGGGCAAGCGCAGAGCCAGUUCUCUUCGGGAGAUUGCAGUGACUGCUCCGGGUAUUCCGGAGGCUCUGACCUCUAUCCGAGUGGACCCAGCAUCUCGGGCGGCCGCAUCGGUAGACCCGAUGCCAUAAUAAGUCUACCAGCUGGAGCUGGAGGACAGUCAGGAAUCGGAGGUCAGCCUGGGUAUGGUUCGCAACCAGGAGCAUACAAUCAAUUUGGAAUUGGUGGUGGUCAGCCGGGUAGCGGACCUUAUGGAACAAGCGGACAGCCUGGAACCGGUGGCCGACCUGGGUUAGGUGGCAGUGGAAGUGGUCAGCCUGGAGCUGGUGGUGGACAACCCGGAAUUGGUGGAGGACAACCGGGAAUCGGUGGUGGUCAACCUGGAUAUGGAACUCAGACUGGUGCUGGUGGUCAGCCCGGAAUAGGUGCUGGACAACCAGGAAUCGGUGGUGGUCAGCCUGGAAUCGGAGGUGGACAGCCCGGAAUUGGUGCUGGUCAGCCUGGAGUCGGUGGUGGACAGCCCGGAAUAGGCGGAGGUCAACCUGGAAUCGGUGGUCAGCCCGGAAUCGGUGGUGGUCAACCUGGAAUUGGUGGUGGUCGACCUGGAUACGGAACUCAGCCUGGAUCUGGUGGUCAGCCCGGAAUAGGUGCUGGUCAGCCUGGAGUCGGAGGCGGACAGCCAGGAAUAGGUGGUGGACAGCCAGGUAUAGGUGGUGGACAGCCUGGCGGUGGUCGACCUGGAUACGGAACACAGCCAGGCGGUGGUGGUCAGCCCGGAAUUGGCGCUGGCCAGCCCGGAAUCGCUGGUAGACAGCCCGGAAUAGGUGGUGGACAACCCGGAAUAGGUGGCGGUCAACCUGGAAUCGGUGGUGGAUACGGUACACAGCCUGGCGCUGGUGGUCAGCCCGGAAUCGGUGGCGGACAACCUGGAUAUGGCACCCAGCCUGGAGCCGCAGGAGGUGUGCAGCCUGGAUAUGGAAUUCUGCCUGGAACCGCAGGGCAACAAGGAAUCGGUGGCGGUCAACCAGGUUAUGGAACACAACCUGGCAUUGGUGUUCAGCCCGGCUAUGGAACACAGCCAGGUGUUGGAGGACAACCAGGAAUUAGUGGUGGUCAACCUGGAUAUGGAGCCCAGCCUGGAGUUGGAGUACAACAAGGAAUCGGUGGCGCUCAGCCCGGAUACGGAGGUCAACCUGGAAUAGGUGGACAGCCCGGAAUCGCUGGUGGUCAACCUGGAUACGGAACUCUGCCUGGAGCGGGAAGACAACAAGGAAUCGGUGGCGGCCAGCCCGGCUAUGGAGCACAGCCUGGCGUUGGUGUUCAACCCGGCUAUGGAGCACAGCCUGGCGUUGGUGUUCAACCCGGCUAUGGAACACAACCUGGUGUGGGAGGACAACCAGGAAUUGGUGGUGGUCAACCUGGAUAUGGAACACAGCCUGGCUCUGGAGUACAACAGGGAAUCGGUGGCGCUCAGCCCGGAUACGGAGGUCAACCUGGAAUUGGUGGACAACCCGGAAUCGCUGGUGGUCAACCUGGAUACGGAACUCAGCCUGGCUCUGGAGGACAACAGGGAAUCGGUGGUGGUAAGCCCGGCUACGGAACACAGCCUGGCGUUGCUGGACAGCCCGGAGGUGGUCAGCUUGGAUAUGCCCAGCAGGGAAUAGGUGGCGGGCAGCCUGGCUAUGGAAGCCAAGCUGGAUAUGGAACUCAGCCUGGAUACGGAGCACAAACUGGAGCAGGAGGCCAGCCUGGAGUUGGUGGUCAAACUGGAUAUGGCAUACAGCCUGGGUACCAAACUCAACCUGGAUAUGGCAGUCAACCUGGAAUCGGACAGCAAGGAAUUGGAGGUGGUCAGCCUGGGUACGUUAUGCAGCCGGGCGGUCAAUCUGGUAUUGGUGGUGGUACACAGCCAGGAAUUAUUGGAGGCUAUACUAGCCAACCUGGUGUUGCUGGACAGACCGGAAUCGGCAGUAGUCAACCAGGAUAUGGUACUCAGCCUGGAUAUGGCAUUCAGCCUGGUACUGGGGCACAAAUCGGAGGGGGCAUUGGACAACCAGGAAUUGCCGGCGGUCAACCGGUGCUGGAGGUGGUGGUGUGGGUCAACCUGGAUAUGGAAUUCAAUCUGGAGUUGGUGGACAGCCAGGAAUCGGUGGUGGUCAGCCCGGACAGCUUGGUUACGGAACUCAGCCGGGAGCUGGAGGACAGCCCGGUAUCAGCGGUGUUCAACCUGGUGGCGGGCAGCCCGGAUAUGGAACACAGCCUGGAAUUGGUGGACAGACCGGAUAUGGAACUCAGCCCGGAAUCGGUGGACAACCAGGAAUCGGUGGUGGUCAAACUGGAUAUGGAACACAGCCUGGAGUUGGAAUCGGUGGUGGUCAGCCCGGACAGCUUGGUUACGGAACUCAGCCUGGAGCUGGAGGACAGCCCGGAAUUAGCGGUGUUCAACCUGGUGGCGGGCAGCCCGGAUAUGGAACACAGCCUGGAGCUGGAGGACAGGCCGGAUAUGGAAUUCAGCCCGGAACUGGAGGACAGCCCGGAAUUGGCGGUGGUCAGCCUAGUGGAGGUCAGACCGGAUACGGAACUCAACCUGGUGUUGGCGUACAGCCCGGAUAUGGAAUUCAGCCCGGAAUUGGCGGACAAACAGGAAUUGGUGGACAACCAGGAAUUGGUGGACAACCAGGAAUUGGCGGACAACCAGGAAUUGGCGGACAGCCCGGAAUUGGUGGUGGUCAACCCGGAUACGGCACUCAACCUGGAAUUGGAGGACAGCCUGGAAUUGGAGCAGCCUGGAAUUGGUGCCCCAGGGCGUUACACAGAUGCAGGAACAGCCGUUGCUCCUGGAGGUGCUAUUGGCGUACCUGGAGCAGCUGGCACUGGUGGCGCUGAUGAUGCCUUCUCGCAGGCAGAGUCUGCUAUUGGUGAUGGUCAGGCAUCAGCCAGCGCUCAGGGCAAGAAGAACGGAGGUACUGCCAAAACUCAAGUGUCUGGCAGCUACACCAAGGGCAGCUCCUUCAGCGCAAGCGCAAUGACCUCAGACGCCGAUCGUGCUGCAAGUGCGCAGGUGACAGGCAAUGCUGAUGGAGCAAUGAGUCAGUCGCAGGGCUCCGGCGGUCCUUCUCAGUCCCAAGCCCAAGUACAGCUUAAUGCCAAGAAUGGCGGUACUAAGGCCUCAUCACAGAGUGGCGGUAUCAUUCACCAGAGCCAGAGUGAAGUGCAAGCCAAUGACAAGGGAGGCCUAGCUGAUGCCCAGUCGAGCGGACCUGGCCAGACAUCUUCGCAAGCACAAAUUGGUUUCCGACCUGGUCAGGAUAAUACUCAAGUGAAUGCGGCAGGCGGUGGACAAGCAUCAGCUCAAUCGGGCAGUCACUCGGGUCAAAGUCAGUCCCAGAUACACGGAACAUCCAGCUUUGGCGUCUCCUACCAUGGAGCUGCCCAGUCUGCGUCGGGAACGAAGGAACAGGUGGCCACGUAUCGCGAACAGAAUAGGGAGCUCUUUAAUACCAUCAGUCAAUUUGGCAACACUGGAAACGCGGUUACGGACCGUGUUGACGCAGUGUUUAGCGGCCCACCCGCUGUCGCUCCCGAGUCCGAUAGAUUGCCGGAGAUUCAACUAAAGUCUUCAAAGACUAGCAAAGAAGAGGCACAGAAAGAGGAAGUGGACAAAGAGGAUGACCCACAGCCCGCAUUAGCCGAGGAUGAAGAACCAGAGGAUGAUGAAGAGCCAUACGAUGAAUAUGAUGAUGAUGAUUAUUACAAUGAAAAGCCUGUGAAGCUCGAAGAGAAUCCCUCAGUUGCCAGCCAAAUCAAAAACCAGGAGCCUGGCACAGUGGCUGCGCCUGCCGCUGCACCAUUAACCUUUAUGCAAUCAUCGCCCACUCAGAAGCAGCAGGCGGUGGUCGCCAAUCCAAACGCCGGCCAAUAUCGUGUGGUGCAGAAUCAAAAUGGACGGGUCAAUACAUAUCCGAUACGCACCACCACCGAAAGUGUGCCCAGUGGCUUCCGUGGCACAGUCAACGUGGAGAAGAAGUUCCACACGAAAGCCCUGGAGCUGCACAGCACCGAUAAAAAGGUGGAUGUCAGUCUCGAGGAUGAUGAUGCCAAGGCAUCCAAAGGGCCCGCCCAAAAGCCACGCGCACCCGAUAGCUAUGUGACAGUCACCAAGUCAGUGACUGGUAGCAUGGAUAAUUCAAAGAGCCCGCCACAGGAGAACAAGAACUUCCAGUCCACAUACUAUACGAAAUCGUCGACGUGCGGCUACUUCACCUUCUCCUGUAAUAUUGUUUAUGGCGCGAAUGGACGUAGUAAAAUCUGUCGUCCCAAGGCACCGUCGAAUGGCAAGUGCUAAGGAUGCCAUCAACAGUUCAAUGGGGCUCAAAUUCUAAUCAGCUACAGCUAACCUCUAACCUGUUUGUAUUUGCCGCACUUUGUUAAGCAUUUAAGUUUUUGCUAAUAAUCUUAAAGUUUUACACUCAUUUCAUACUUCGUACACAAAUUCAAAUUGUAAUUAAUAUUUAAUAAUAAUGAUAAUAAUAAUAAUAAU